GGGUUUGAGUUUGAAAUGGCGGAGAUUUGUUUCGGGGUUUUGAGCGAGAACGAGGCGAGCUCACGGGCCGCGAGGCGGAGGAGGAUAGAGAUCCGUCGGUUUAAGUUCGUCUCCGGCGUGGCGGCCCCUGCCGAGUCGACGGAAAAUGACGAGAAGCGAAAGAGACUAGAGUGUUGUACUGUUUCUCCGGGCAUGGAGAAGUGCGGUGACGAAGAGAAGGGUAAUCUGGUCAAAAUUGAAAGCGAGGAGGGGGUUUCGAGUCUAACGAUUUCCUCCAAGUGUCCGUCCACGUCAGCGCCUGUACUGAAUCCUGACGCCAAGUUCGGGAUGGUUUCCGUUUGUGGAAGACGACGAGAUAUGGAAGACGCCGUCUCUAUCCACCCCUCCUUUUGCCGCGGGGACCAAGAAACUGCCAACAAUCUUCACUACUACGCCGUGUACGACGGCCACGGCUGCUCUCAUGUGGCGACGAGGUGUAGGGAGCGGUUCCAUGAGGUGGUGAAGGAGGAGAUAGAAAACAAGGCUCUUCAUGAGUGGCAGAGCGCGUUGGAGAGGAGCUUCACGCGCAUGGACAUGGAAGUGACUGCGUGGACCCAAGGCACCGUCGCCGGAGCCAACUGUCGGUGCGAGCUUCAAAUGCCGGAGUGCGAGGCCGUCGGAUCCACCGCCGUUGUCGCUAUUGUCACGCCCGACAAGAUUAUCGUCGCUAACUGUGGUGAUUCUAGAGCCGUCCUUUGCCGUGACGGCAAGGCCGUACCUCUUUCCUCCGAUCACAAACCGGAUCGUCCAGACGAGCUGAACCGGAUCGAGGAGGCGGGUGGCCGGGUUAUAUAUUGGGACGGUCCACGGGUUCUCGGAGUUCUGGCCAUGUCAAGAGCCAUAGGUGACAACUACUUGAAACCGUACGUGAGCUGCGAGCCGGAGGUGACGAUAACGGAUCGGACGGCGGAGGACGACUGUCUGAUUCUGGCGAGCGACGGCCUGUGGGACGUGGUGUCGAACGACACGGCGUGUGGGGUGGCGCUAAUGUGCCUGAAAGGGAAAGCGCACGCGCCUGUGAUGGAGAGUAAGGGAUCGGAGGUGGAGAACUCCGACAAGGCGUGUUCCGACGCGUCGACUCUGCUGACGAAGCUUGCGUUGGCGAGGCACAGCACUGACAACGUUAGCGUGGUUGUGGUCAAUCUUAAGCGCAACACGUAGUCAUGCUCGUUUCGAUAGCCUCCCCCUCUUUUUUUUUUUUUUUUUUUUUUUUAAUGUCCGGAU